AAAAAUAAUAAUAAUAUUCUUGUCAUUCUUGGUUGCUUGAAUUUAAUUUAUUCUAUUCAUUUCUGUCUGUCGGUUAAAGAAGCCCAAAUAUGCGCCUUGUCAUUAUAUUUCUAAUGACCAUUAGCUGGGUGUGGUGUAUUUCUGCUCAGACUCCAGUUCUUGAUUCCAGCCAGAUCCACACCAUUCUUGAACAGGGAAAACGACAUCGACACCGGCUACAAUUACAAAAAACACAACUUUUUAAUAAUUAUGAGACAUUCCAUAACGAGAAAGAUGCUCUUCUUCUUCGCCUUGUGAAUGUAAAAUUAGAAGAUCUAGAGGCAUUUGAAAGCUUGGUAUUCGGAAUGAUGAAGAUCUAUGCCAAUACGGUCGACAAGUCCAAUCGGCUGGCAAAGUAUGACUUCCGCUCUCCGGCCCUCAAGCUUGCUUAUGAAUUCGAGCACGCGAUCAAGGAAUCCCAUCUUCAGCUUCAAAAGGAUCCUGCCGAUGAUCUCGGUCAUGAACAACCCUCAGAACACUUUGAGGAUGCUCACAAGGCAUAUGCACCCCACCAUUCCCACAGCCCGGGUGACGCGGAGGACUCGAGUGACACGAUGAACCAGCUGUUGCAUGGAAUGCUGCAAGAGGUGCGUGAGAACGCGGAUCACCUUGAGCAGGGCAUGCACCAGAACAAUCCUGCCUUGGGAUCUGACCAGGCUGGAUCUAUCGAGACUGUCAGAAAACUCAGGGACACCACGCAAGGCAAAAAGGAUGACGAGAAUGUCGCCACUCUCAUCGAUCAAGACAACAACGAAUACAUCAUGACAAGACCCUUUGAUACGACUGUAAUUUACGAAGGUACCUUAGUUGCGAUUUGA